CAUCGGCAGCGGCGGCGGCGUCAGCAGCCACCCAAUGUCUGCGGCGCCCGAGAAGCAGCAGCCCCCGCACAGCGCCGGCGUUGGCGGCGGGGGAGGCGGCGCGGCCAUGGACCCCGCGUCGUCGGGCCCCUCGAAGGCCAAGAAAGCCACUGCGGGCGUCCGGCGCCCCGAGAAGCCGCCCUACUCGUACAUCGCGCUGAUCGUAAUGGCCAUCCAGAGCUCGCCCACCAAGCGCCUGACACUCAGCGAGAUCUACCAGUUCCUGCAGAGCCGCUUCCCUUUCUUCCGCGGGUCCUACCAGGGCUGGAAGAACUCCGUGCGCCACAACCUCUCGCUCAACGAGUGCUUCAUCAAGCUGCCCAAGGGGCUCGGGCGGCCCGGCAAGGGCCACUACUGGACCAUCGACCCGGCCAGCGAGUUCAUGUUCGAGGAGGGCUCGUUCCGGCGGCGGCCGCGCGGCUUCAGGAGGAAAUGCCAGGCGCUCAAGCCGAUGUACAGCAUGAUGAACGGCCUGGGCUUCAACCCCCUGCCGGACACCUACGGCUUCCAGGGCUCGGCUGGCGGCCUCGCGUGCCCACCCAACAGCCUGGCCCUCGAGGGCGGCCUGGGCAUGAUGAACGGCCACUUGCCAAGCAACGUGGACGGCAUGGCCUUGCCCAGCCACUCGGUGCCCCACCUGCCCGCUAACGGCGCCCACUCGUACAUGGGCAGCUGCGGAGGCGCAGGGGGCGGCGAAUACCCACACCACGACAGCUCAGUGCCUGCCUCGCCCCUGCUGCCCGCCGCCAGCGGGGUCAUGGAGCCGCAUGCCGUCUACUCGGGUUCUGCCGCAGCCUGGCCGCCCUCGGCCUCUGCCGCGCUCAACAGCGGCGCCUCCUACAUCAAGCAACAGCCCCUGUCCCCCUGCAACCCCGCGGCCAACCCCCUGUCCGGCAGCCUCUCUACACACUCCCUGGACCAGCCAUACCUGCACCAGAACAGUCACAACCCGCCGGCCGACCUGCAAGGCAUCCCACGCUACCACUCGCAGUCGCCCAGCAUGUGUGACCGGAAGGAAUUUGUCUUCUCCUUCAACGCCAUGGCGUCCUCAUCCAUGCACUCGGCCAGCGGCGGGUCCUACUAUCACCAGCAAGUCACCUACCAAGACAUCAAGCCAUGUGUGAUGUGAGGCUGCAUGGAAGCCAGCCACUGGGCAGGCCUCCGAGCCCACGGCCCCGGCAAGAAACUGCUCUUACUCUCGAGGUAUAACCAAAGGCAGAAGAAAGGGUCCGACCCCCUCCAAACCGGAUUACGUGGAAAGGAAACCUCAAAGCAAAGACCCUCGCUGGGCCCCCACCUCCCACUUGCUGAAAAUGAAGA